AUGAUCAGGUACACAGAAGAAGAACUUUUACAAUUAAGACCAACCGAACCAGUUAAACCAAACUUCGACGUUGAUGAAUUCAACGCUAUAAUUGAAAAAGUGAAAGAAAUCCAAGAAGCACAUGAAGAAGAAUUUUCUCACUUCAGAAGAAGAUCUUCUCACCACCAUGCUAAACCAAAAUUCAAGCAUUUGAAACCAAAAAUUACUACCGAUGAGGAAGGAUGGUCUACACUAGAAACUGCUCCAGCGGUCAGAAGAAAGUCUGUGGCUGAAGAAGAAGAACCAACCAUUGUCAUCGCUCAAGAAACAUUGAAGGUGAAGCCAAACAAACACAUUUCAUCCUCAAGACCAGCUGAUGCGAGGGAUAUCGUCGCAGACAAGCCUUCAAAGGCUUUCAAUGCAUUUGCUGCUCUAGAAAGUGACGAAGAAGAAGAGCAAGAAUAG